UGAAUAGUUCAAUUUAAAUCCUCGCUACUGAACGACGCCAACACAUUUCGAUAAGGGGGCCAAACAGUGCCGCAUUUUAUUUUUCCUAGCUGCUUUAUUUGGGAUAUCAGGAUGGAGGAAGUACAGAGACACAGUGUCCAUACUCUUAUUUUUCGCUCCUUGAAACGCACCCAUGAUAUGUUUGUCUCCAAUCAGGGCAACCUACCAGAAAUUGAUGAAAAACUGGAAGCGAAGAGAAAAUCUAUAAAAGCUCGUGAUAGCUACAAAUUGGUAUUUGAUCGAGUGGCCAAGGCGGAACAAGCAAAGAAACUUGCAAAUGGCAUUGGAUCCAGCGCGGGAGCAAUUCAAGCACCAGAACCGCUUUUAGCAAUUACAGAUGGAUCUUCAAACAACAGAGAUGGCCAACUGGCUUCAAUCGAUGCCGCCAAUAAACCCACCGAAAGUCCAGUUAGUAAUUCCUUGGUAUCUGCGCCUGGUAUGCGUUCCUCUGGAGGAGCUAAUAAUGUUCAAUUAAUACCCAAAAAAGCGCCCACAAUACCCAAACCUUCAUGGCAUGCGCCUUGGAAAUUGUCACGAGUUAUAUCUGGUCAUUUGGGUUGGGUACGUUGUAUUGCUGUUGAACCCGGAAAUGAAUGGUUUGCCACUGGUGCCGGUGAUCGUGUUAUUAAAAUCUGGGACUUGGCAAGCGGUAAAUUAAAACUGUCACUCACCGGUCAUGUGAGUACGGUACGUGGUUUAGCGGUAAGCGCCAAACAUCCGUACUUGUUCAGUUGUGGCGAAGAUCGUCAGGUUAAAUGUUGGGAUUUGGAAUACAAUAAAGUUAUACGACACUAUCACGGACAUUUGUCUGCAGUAUACUCUUUGGCUCUACAUCCAACUAUUGACAUAUUGGCGACAUCGGGACGUGAUUCGACCGCCCGCAUAUGGGACAUGCGGACAAAGGCCAACAUUCAUACACUAACCGGACACACAAACACUGUGGCCAGUGUUGUGGCCCAGGCCAGUAAUCCACAAAUUAUCACAGGUUCCCACGACUCCACAAUACGUUUAUGGGAUUUGGCUGCGGGCAAGAGUGUGUGUACACUUACAAAUCACAAAAAAUCUGUUCGUAGUCUCGUUCUACACCCGAAACUUUAUAUGUUUGCUUCGGCAUCUCCGGAUAACAUAAAGCAGUGGCGAUGUCCAGAGGGCAAUUUUGUACAAAAUAUCUCUGGUCACAAUGCCAUCGUCAAUUGUAUGGCUGUUAAUCCAGACGGUGUCCUAGUGUCGGGUGGUGACAAUGGUACAAUGUUCUUUUGGGAUUGGCGUACGGGUUACAAUUUCCAACGUUUCCAAGCACCGGUUCAACCAGGAUCAAUGGACAGUGAAGCUGGCAUUUUUGCUAUGUGCUUCGAUCAGUCUGGUUCACGUCUGAUUACCGCCGAGGCCGAUAAAACAAUUAAAAUUUACAAAGAAGAUGACGAGGCAACAGAAGAAUCACAUCCUGUUAACUGGAGGCCGGAAAUUUUAAAACGUCGCAAAUUUUAAUUUAGUAUCUAUAUUUGUAUUUUUAUAAUAGAUGUUUAAAUUGUAAUACUUAAAUAUAGUCAUAUUCAAAAGAUAAAA